CUCUGCAACUCAAACAACUUCUAUCUGAGCUUUUUAAUGGCGCUUUUUUGCUAAGAUCUGACGUUAAACUGUAGAUCAUUGAGGUGUAUCGUGCUUGAAUUCAAAAUUUUCCGGUGAUAUAUAGUUGUUUUUUCGCGCGGUGGUCGGAAAAUGGGGUGUUCGUUUCCGGAGGAGGUGUUGGAGCAUGUUUUCUCGUUCAUAACCUCUCAUAAAGACAGGAAUGUUGUUUCAUUGGUGUGUAAGUCGUGGUACGAGAUCGAGAGGUGGUGCCGGAGGAGGAUUUUUGUUGGAAACUGUUACGCUGUGAGUCCGAAGAUCAUGAUCAGGAGGUUUCCUGAAGUGAGAUCUGUGGAGUUGAAAGGGAAACCGCAUUUUGCGGACUUCAAUUUGGUUCCUGAGGGUUGGGGAGGUUAUUUUUACCCUUGGAUCUCUGAAAUGUCUAGGGCUUACCCGUGGUUAGAGGAGAUUAAGCUUAAGCGGAUGGUGGUUUCAGAUGAGAGCUUGGAGUUGAUCUCUAAGUCUUUUAAGAACUUUAAGGUUUUGAUUUUGUCUUCUUGUGAGGGAUUCAGCACCGAUGGACUCGCUGCCAUAGCCGCCAAUUGCAGAAAUCUGAGAGAACUGGAUUUGCGGGAGAGCGAGGUGGAGGAUCUUAGUGGUCAUUGGUUAAGUCAUUUCCCUGAUUCKUAUACCUCAUUGGAGUCUCUUAACAUGGCUUGUUUGAGUUCUGAGGUGAGUUUCUCGGCCCUCCAACGCCUGGUUGCUCGCUCACCCAACCUCAAGACUCUUCGACUCAAUCAGGCUGUUCCCCUUGAGAAGCUCUCCACCCUCCUACGCCGGGCCCCACAGCUUGUUGAAAUGGGUACCGGUGCUUAUUCUGCAGAACUGCGGUCUGAUUUAUAUUCAGGUUUAGCUGAGGCUUUCUCGAGAUGCAAGGAGCUUAAGGGCCUUUCCGGCUUUUGGGAUGUGGUUCCAUCUUAUCUUCCUGCUUUUUAUUCAGUUUGUUCUAGGCUCACUUCCUUAAACUUAAGCUAUGCGACUAUCCGAAGCCCUGAUGUAACCAAGAUCGUCAGUCAGUGUCCUAAUCUGCAGCGUCUAUGGGUACUGGACUACAUUGAGGAUUCCGGGCUCAAUGCUGUUUCAUUGUCCUGUAAGGACUUGCGGGAAUUGAGGGUUUUCCCUUCUGACCCAUUUGGUGCUGAUGCAAAUGUAUCAUUAACGGAACAAGGCCUGGUURCGGUUUCCAAGGGGUGCUCCAAGCUCCAGUCUGUUCUUUACUUCUGUCGCCAGAUGUCAAAUUCUGCAUUGAUCACGAUUGCUAGGAACCGUCCUAACCUAACCUGCUUCCGGCUAUGCAUUCUCGAACCACGAGCUCCUGAUUAYCUUACUCUCGAACCACUAGAUGCUGGUUUUGGAGCCAUAGUAAAGCACUGCAAAGGGCUUCAACGUCUAUCGUUAUCUGGGCUCCUCACAGAUUGUGUGUUCGAGUACAUUGGGACACGGGCUAAGAGAUUAGAGAUGCUUUCUAUAGCGUUUGCCGGGGAUAGCGACUUAGGGCUACAUUAUGUGUUGUCAGGGUGUGACAGCCUMCAGAAACUUGAGAUUCGAGAUUGCCCUUUUGGGGACAAGGCUCUGUUGGCUAACGUUUCCAAGCUGGAGACAAUGCGAUCCCUUUGGAUGUCUUCAUGCKCGGUUAGUUUGGGAGCAUGUAAGCUGUUAAGCCAGAAGAUGCCUCGGCUUAAYGUUGAAGUUAUAGAUGAAAAGGGAGACUUAGAUUUGAUUCCUGAUAACUGUCCGGUUGAGAAACUUUACAUAUACCGUUCGGUUGCAGGGCCACGGUUCGACAUGCCGAGCUUUAUACGGAUCAUGGAUCAUGACCCUGCAUAUAAAGACAUCCCAUCCAUGCACUGAACCGAACCGUCAUCACAAAUGUUGGAGAGGAUGGCUUCUGAAGUGAAAUCUGAUGUUGGUUGCAGUUCGGAUGAUGAGUUGCUGUUAUGCUGUCUAAGGAAGAAAAAGACUUUGAAAUCUCAUUUUCUUGUUUCCAAUUUUAUUCUUCAACCCUCUGAGAUCAGAUUUCAGAGUUUAGAUUGUAGCAAUUGGAAUGCCAGAUGAACAAUGAUGUUCUUUCCCCCUUUUAGGACCACUUUCAAAAAUAUUUGGUUCAAUGAUGGUCAAUUUAUGUGUGAUUUACUAUUCAAGAUUUUUACUAUUGGUUCUUGAUGACUUGUAACUUGUGCAUCAAUGAUUGUAAAUUUAAUCAUAUCUUAGACUU